CGUUGGCGUAGAUUGGGUGAUUACUUAGAGAUUGGAGAAUCCAACUCACCACCCGCGCCCCACCUGCCGCCCAUGGUGCGCAGCGCACAUCCGGAGCAAGUUAGCCUCCACCACUACACGCGCACGCCACCUCGCUCCGCUUCUCUCACCGUCUGAUUCUCUAUCGACGCCGGAAAAUGGAGCGGUUUAAGGUUCCGAGGCGGGUCCAAGUGGCCGAAUCCAAACCCGAGUUUCCCAAGUACGACGUGGCGGAUGAAGAAGAAGAGGACCCCUCGGACGCCCUGGACGGCCAAAACGACGACGGAGAAGGUAGUGGCGGAAUGCGGAUAAGGCCGUCCAGUGGCAACGUGACCGAAGAUCAGGAGCCUUUCAUGGGAGUCAAGGUCCGCAGAAAAGCUUCGUUUCGCAGAGAAUACAGAGGCGACUACAUCGACGUCCGCUCCAACCCGUACCUGAUGAAAGUCUUGCAGAAACAAGGUGACAAGGAGGUUCUGUUCGCCGAUAAGGUCUUGAAGUUUACUGCUUCCGGGAAGAUGAAACGCCGCAUUUUGAUGAUCACUGACUUCGCCAUCUACAUUGUUGACCCGGAUGCCGAUGCGCUUAAACGGAGGAUAGCUCUUGCAGCUGUGGAGAAGAUGUGCUUGAGCGAAUUGAGCGAUAAUUUUUUCGCGAUUAUCAUUCCUACGGAGUAUGAUGUGCUGAUGGCCAGUACUCGCAAGACGGAAAUUGUUACUGUCUUAGUUGAAGCUACUAAGAGUGCUUCUGACUACGAACUUGAUGUUUGUUUCGCUAACAGUUUUGAGUAUAAUGCAACUGCGGAAUUUGUGAAGGAGGUUCAGUUUGAGGAAGUUGAAGGGGGUGUUAGAACAAAAAUUUUGAACAAGUGAUUGCAGAUUAGAUUUGCCGUGUUUCUUAGACUCUGCAAGAUGUCCGCCCUGUCCAUCGGAACAUGAAUGAUUGUUUAGCUAUUGCAUGGCUAGGUUCUGCUCAGCCUCAGCAUAGCCCGACCCCGUAAGGACAGCAUUGUCUUUUGAUCUCAUCUCAUUUCAGUGUGAUUCUUAUACCAAAGAAAGAUACGUGUAAUUUGUUUCAGACUUAAAACCAGUUUUAUAUGGAUGUAUGAAAUCAUCGAAUUGACAUUGUAUGUAGAUUCCGAAAAUCCAUCUAAAACUGUUUGCAAUUGCAGACAUUUGCCUUUA